AUGGCCAUGAUGUCGCCAAAAUUACCCAGACAAAGGAUACAGAUCAGCAUUAAUUACAACAACGGCAACGAGCCUGACAAACUCUACAAAGGGUCGGGCCCAGGGGGAGCCGCCACCAUUGCGUCCAACGAGUGGAGUGCCAACGGUAGCCCAGAAGAUGGGCUGGAUGGGGACAACGAGGACAAGGCCAUCGACGGGGACGCCGAAGGAGUAUGGAGCCCAGAUAUUGAGCAGAGUUUUCAGGAGGCCCUUGCUAUCUACCCUCCAUGCGGCCGGAGGAAAAUCAUCCUGUCGGACGAAGGCAAGAUGUAUGGUCGCAAUGAAUUGAUAGCGCGGUACAUCAAGCUGAGGACGGGCAAAACUCGCACAAGGAAACAGGUGUCUAGUCACAUACAGGUGUUAGCACGGAAGAAAGUUCGCGAAUACCAGGCGGGUAUCAAGGUUUCUAGCCACUUGCAGGUUCUCGCCCGGAGAAAAUCUCGCGAGAUCCAGUCAAAGCUAAAGGCAAUGAAUUUGGAUCAGGCAUCUAAAGACAAAGCCCUGCAGAACAUGGCAGCACUAUCGUCCGCGCAGAUCGUCUCGCCGAUGAAGAAUCAUCUUCCGCCACUACCCCCCGCCCCCUACCAAACAGGCAGAUUCUGGUCGGCACCAAUGCCGGGACAGCCUGGACCUUCUCAGGAGCUGGUUCUAAAUCUCAACCCGGGAAGGACUCCUGGGAUUUGCCGCACCAGCCAUGCUAUCAAACCUUUUGCACAGCCUCCAUACCCGAGCCUAUCAGGUCCAGUACUGCAGUCCAUACCAAGUUAUGAGCCCUUGGCACCGCCUUCCGCUCCCACCGCCACGGCAGUGCCAGUGUGGCAGGACCGGACCAUUGCCUCCUCAAAGUUGCGCAUGUUGGAAUACUCGGCCUUCAUGGAGGUUCAAAGAGACCCAGACACUUACAGCAAACACCUGUUUGUCCACAUAGGACAGACCAACCCCUCCUACAGCGACCCACUCCUGGAGGCUGUGGACAUCCGGCAGAUUUACGACAAGUUCCCUGAGAAGAAGGGUGGCCUUAAGGAACUUUACGAGAAAGGCCCCCAGAAUGCUUUUUUCCUCGUUAAAUUUUGGGCUGACCUGAACAGCAGCGGCAUGCAGGAUGGCCCAGGUUCUUUCUACGGCGUCACCAGUCAGUACAGUAGCAUUGAGAACAUGACCAUCACUGUUUCCACCAAAGUCUGCUCCUUUGGGAAGCAGGUUGUGGAGAAAGUGGAGACGGAGUACGCCCGCCUGGAGGGAGGAAAGUGCGUUUACAGGAUCCACCGCUCCCCGAUGUGCGAGUACAUGAUCAACUUCAUCCACAAACUGAAACACUUGCCUGAAAAAUACAUGAUGAACAGUGUUCUUGAAAACUUCACCAUCCUCCAGGUGGUGACGAACCGCGACACCCAGGAGACUCUGCUGUGCAUAGCGUUUGUGUUUGAGGUGUCCACGAGCGAGCACGGCGCUCAGUACCACGUCUACAGACUCGUGAAGGACUAACACUAGCAAGGACGUCUUGUGACGAGCCAGACAAAACAGUGAAACACAAUCUAUCCCUCUUCAGCCAGCUCGACUAAGCCAGGAAAGCCUGGAAUGACAUUGAAACGAUGCUAGAGUAAACCAACAAGGGGACGUUUUUUGGAAUAAAACACAUUUAUCAGACCAGUAGCUCGUGUUUAAACACACCUUUUUAGAUGAAGUGGAGGUAUGUGAUAGAGAUUGGAAUGAUUCUUGAGGGAGUGAGGAGGUGCUUAAGUGAAUGAGAAGACAUUACUCGGCGCAAUAAGUGCAAGAACUGGACCAUGGAGGAGCCAAGUGGUGUUUGUAGUAGGUUUUCGUUAGGAAAGACAAGUGCCUUUUUCCUCCAAAGAUGAUAUCAUUGCCUGCCACUUUUGAUUGCCUUUUGUACUACCUCUUGUAUUUUUUUUUUUUUUAAACGAGCAGAUCCUCAUCAGAAAAUUGGACAUACAAACCCUUCGGAUGUUAGUUUAUAACACUCUUAUCUCCCCAGUUAUAAUACUUUGUUGUACAGUGUGAAGGCUUAGCAUUGUAGCCUUAUUUGUGGUACUGCCUGUCUGUUGUAAUACACAAAAUCAGGUCUUACAGAUGUUUCUUCUGCCUGCUUGCCUUACGUAAAGCCAGCGCUUUGCCUUCCCCCCCACUCCUUUUAUAACCCCUGUUACAAUAGCACCGUUUCCACCGACAUUUUCAGCAACGUUUAUCCUGGAAAAUUGAUUCAAAUCAGGUCCUUGAGAAGUUCCCGGGAUUCUGAGAUGACCCACCUCACUAUUAGGUACUUUUCCAGGGAAAGUCUGGGAUUUGGGGGAUUUUUUUCCCCAAAAUAAAUUUGGUGGAAAAGGAACUAUUGCUUUAUUGGAAGAUGUGUACUUGGCGAGGGCUGAUGGGGAGGGGAUGUGUAGGAUUUUCUCCCUUGAUAAAUGUAGCCUAAGUGAAAAAUACAUUGUGUCUGUACUGUGAGUCAAAUGGUUCCUAAAGGAAUGUGUGUUACAUAGGAGUAUUUUUAUUUUUAGGGUACCGUAGGGUGGGAGGGGGGGAGGGUGUUAUUUGUGAUCUCAGCACAGAGAGGAAAUAUGAAAGAAUUGAAUCACUGUUUCUUUUGUUUAAAAAAGAAAUUGCGUGCUGUGAAGUCAUUCGCUUUACUCUUCACUCAAUGCCCAUAAAAGCUUAAAUGUUGAUAUUUAAGAUUUUUGACAUCCAACUCAAAACUGUUGUCUCUGUGCUGUGGAACAUGACCAUUGAUUGUUAUUUAUAGGGUUGACAAGCAGAUACUUCUAAGGGUAGAGGGGGGGUUCACUUGAAGCAUAUUGAUUAUUUUUCAUUCAGAUGGAAAUGUUGAGUCGGUAAGUAUGGCAGGACUUCUUUUGGAUCCUGCAAGACAAGCGAAAAAGAGUCUCACUUGGACAAUUUUUUGCCAUAAAAUCUGACAUUGAUGGAGUGCCUGCCUGCCUUUGAAUGUUGCAACCUAGACAAAAAAACGCUCCUUUGCUCAGUGUAUCUUUUAUACCGUUUUAUUGCCAUUACCAUUUGUGUUUUGAUUCUGUCGUCUUGACUUUCAGUGUUUGCGCUUCACUGAAAUUAAUGUGUGAUUGUGCUGAUAUUGAUAAUUAAUAUGAGAUAUCUAAUGUAUCAUAUUCUGAAUGGUGUGGGAGGGUGUUUAUUUGUUGUUUUUGUUUUUUUGGUUGAAGGUGGUUUACUAUUGUCUUUGCUACAAUUGUGAAUUGCAAUUUUAUACUUCCAAAUAGAGGUUGGACUAUGUAAUCAAACCAUUGUAUCUAACAAUAAAAGACACAUGGUGCCUUUGGGGGCCAUUUUCCCC